GUUGAUUCUGAUUAUAAAGAUAAUCAUGCCAUGACUGUGCAUAAAGGCAAGAAAGUAGCUUUUGUGAUGGUGCGCGAGUGCAAUCAGAGUCAACUUGCUUUUUCUAAUAAAAGCUCCAUGGAGUCGCAGCUGUCAAAGAAGCUUUUCAGAGCUGUCGUUCAGCUUGAUGCUCAUGACAACGAAGGUAUUAAGAAUGAACAUACGGUGACCACUCACAAGCCACUACCAGGAAUUGGUUCAAUAGUCUUCGAGGAUAGUCAGAAUGACAAAUUACAGUCAAAUCCAUCCCGUGACGGUCACACUAUUGAAAGCAAAGUAGAGCCCAUUCCUCCAAGAUCAGAAGCACCACUUAGUUCCUGUUCGAAUGUACAAACCCAUUACAUCGACGCAGUUGAAAUUUCACUUGUGCCAGUGGUGUUGGAACUAGAUGACCCAGAUGUGUUUGUUCCUCUUCAGGAAUCUAUUAGAGAACCUGAGCCCUCCCCACCUCAAACUGUCGAAGUAGCGAUGGAGCCUGAAGUCAGUGAGAUGAUCAUGCUGUCACAAAGAGAUGAUAGUACAGUAGGUGAAUUAAGGCCAGCCACAAGUGAUGGGCCUCAGCAACCGGUUCUUUCCGAAUACAACCCACAAAACUUUGGAAAUGAAACAUUCACCAGAGAUUUCCAGCCAAAGUGGUUCAAACCAUAUCCUUGGUUGAACUACUCAGUAGAUAGAAAGGUAGGAACUUGCUAUGUGUGUUCCACGUUUACAUUUUCCAAUUGGAAGAAACCUGAGUGCCAAAACACCAUCAAAGUGAGAAGCACUCAUUGGCAAUGAGGCGAUGACAAAGUGGCUGGAUUACCGCCAGAUGCAGAGGAGAUCCUCAUCUAUAAUCAGCGUCAUGGAUGAUGGACAUCAGAAGUGCAUCCAACAUAAUUGCAAGCUUUUACGUGUAAUCAUUGAAUGUCUUUUUUACACUGCCCAGCAAAACAUCGCUCAAAGAGGUCAUAAGGAGGAUUGAUCUAACCUUGGACAAAGAUCAGAUGUCAACAGGGGUAAUUUUCUGGAACUUUUGCACCUUCGAUGUAAAGAUAUUCCUUGGCUUGAAGAAACAUUGAACACUCAGUUACAAAACCACGCUCAGUGGACUUCGCCAAUCAUCCAGAAUGAACUGCUAGAAAUUUUUGCUGACCUCAUAAUUGCACUUAUCUGUAAGGACGUAAGAGAGAGCAGUCGGUACAGGAUUAUAAUUGAUGAAACGUCUGAUAUAAGCCGAGACGAGCAAGUGUCAUUUUGUCUCAGCUAUACAGUGAACAGUAAGUAAGAAGCAUUUGUUGGAAUUCAUGCAACGAAUACAACAGAUGGUGAAACUCUUUACAAACUAGUCAAAGAAGUUAUCAACAAGCUGCAGUUAGAGCUUGAGAAUAUCUUGGGUGAAUGCUUUGACGGUGCAAGUAACAUGAGUGGUGGCUGAUAUAGAGAGAAAAGUUAAGUGGAUUUUAGCCUCAAGUACAAGCAGUUGAAGCAUUUUGCAGGUAGGCUUACAUGAUAAUGAUAAGCAAUGCUUUAACUGAGCAUAUCAAAUUGAUGAAUCAAUACAAUUAUUUCAAUACUUACCAGUAUUUAUUUGUGUUCAUGUUACUCUUGAUAUAAAAGUAAACUCAGGUGUAUGUGUGAGGCAUUGUGGCCUCAUGGUUAGUGUCCUCAACUCUGGAUCAAGUGGUCUGGGAUAGAGCCUUGGAAGGGAACAUUGUGUUGCAUUCUUAGGCAAGACACUUUACUUUCACAGUGCCUCUCUCCACCCAGAUGUUUAAAUGGGUACUGGCAAAUUUAGUGCUGGGGUAACCCUGCAAUAGACUAACAUCCAGGGGUAAGCAGAAACACUCCUAGCCAC